AUGAAGGGCAUCACCUGCUUGGGUGCGUUGGCGCUGUUCACCUCGGCGGCAUCGGCCGUCAAGGUGAAUCCCUUGCCCGCGCCUCGCUCUAUCACGUGGGGUCACACCGGCCCGAUUGCCAUCUCGAAGCCCGCUUUGCGAUACGACCAAUGCCAGGACGGCCAUGAGGGGAUCCUGCGCCGCGCCUGGGACCGUACCUGGGCCACCAUCACGGAUCUCCAGUGGGUGCCCGCCGCCACAGAGGCGCCCAUCCCCUCAUUCCAACCGUGGCCGACCGAUGCAGCCCAGGCCAAGCGCGACACCGCGACGACCGCCGUCCACUCCGUGCAACUGGCGAUCGUGGAUGUCGACGCGGAUCUCCAGUAUGGCGUGGAUGAGUCCUACACCUUGGAGGUCACGGCCAAUUCGGGCGUCAUCCAGAUCAACGCCCACACGGUGUGGGGGGCGAUCCAUGCCUUGACCACGCUGCAGCAGCUGAUCAUCUCGGAUGGUCAGGGCGGCCUGAUCAUUGAACAGCCCGUCAAGAUCGAGGAUGCUCCCUUGUAUCCCUACCGCGGAAUCAUGAUCGAUACCGGACGCAACUUUAUCUCGGUGGCCAAGAUCCUCGAGCAGAUUGACGGAAUGGCGCUGUCCAAGCUCAAUGUGCUGCACUGGCAUCUGGAUGAUACCCAAUCAUGGCCCAUCCACGUCAAGUCAUAUCCGCAGAUGACCCGGGAUGCCUACUCCAGCCGAGAGGUCUACACCGAGGCCGAUGUGCGCCGAAUCCUGGCCCACGCCCGUGCUCGUGGCGUCCGCGUGAUCCCCGAGGUUGACAUGCCCGGUCACUCGUCGUCCGGAUGGAAACAAGUCGACCCCAAUGUGGUCACCUGCACCGAUACGUGGUGGUCGAACGACGACUGGCCCAAACACACCGCCGUGGAACCGAACCCGGGCCAGUUGGACAUUAUCUACAACAAGACCUACGAGGUCGUGGGCAACGUCUACAAGGAUCUGUCGGCCCUCUUCACCGACAACUGGUUCCACGUGGGUGGUGACGAGCUCCAGAACAACUGUUUCAACUUUAGCGCGUACAUCACCGAGUGGUUUGCCGAGGACCCCUCGCGCACCUACAACGACCUGUCUCAGUACUGGCUGGACCAUGCGCUGCCCAUCUUCCGAGGCACCGGUGGUCCCCAUCGUCGGCUGAUGAUGUGGGAGGAUAUCUUCAUCAACAGCGAUGCCGCGCACGACGUCCCGCGGGACAUUGUCAUGCAGUCCUGGAAUAACGGGGUCGACAACAUCAAGAAUCUGACGGCCAGCGGAUUCGACGUGGUUGUCUCCUCGUCGGACUUUUUGUAUCUCGACUGCGGGUUCGCCGGCUUUGUGACCAACGACCCUCGAUACGACGUGAUGAGCAACCCCGGCGGCGACGUUACGUUCAACUACGGCGGCAAUGGUGGUUCCUGGUGUGCGCCGUACAAGUCCUGGCAGCGGAUCUACGACUACGACUUUACCACCAACCUCACCGCAUCGGAAGCCCAACAUGUCAUUGGCGCCGAGGCGCCCCUGUGGUCGGAACAGGUCGACGAUGUCACCAUCUCCAGCAAGAUGUGGCCCCGUGCCGCCGCACUCGCGGAGUUGGUGUGGUCGGGCAACCGUGACGCGUCUGGCCACAAGCGCACCACGCAACUGACCCAGCGUCUGCUGAACUUCCGCGAGUAUCUCGUCGCGAACGGAGUCAUGGCCACGAAUCUGGUGCCCAAGUACUGUCUGCAGCAUCCUCAUGCGUGCGACUUGUAUUACAACCAGAGUGCUAUUACUCCCUGA